AUCAUUGAAAUGGCUUCCUUCAACGAACGAUCCAGCUUGAGAUCCACUACUUCCAAAUCUGUUAUUAAGCAAAUUCUGUUGGAUGAACUCUUGGAAGGAGACACUUGUAAUUCCCAAACUGACUACCUGCAGAUGGGUGAGGAUUUCCUGAGCAUGGCAGUAGUAGAUAGGGCAGCAAAGCAGGAGACAGGAAGGAUUCCUGAUUAUGUAGAAAUGACGGUCCCAACUUACAGUGACCCAAUGUUUCGGAGCCAUUUCCGGAUGACUCGGACCUCCUUAAACGAACUUAUUGAUUUCAUUGGGCCCAAAUUUGGGUCAAUGAAAAGUGUCUCCUUGGAGAAAAGGACCCUUGCCUGCAUAUGGUAUCUUGGCAAUAUGGAGACCUUCCGAGGUUUUGCAGACCGCUUUGGUAUCAGCAAAGGAACUUUACAUUUUCUGUUGAGUCAAUUUAGCAACAUGUUUAAGGAUCACAUUUUUUUGCAAAACCUUAUUUCAUGGCCAACAACAGAAGAAAAGUUAAAAGAAAUAUCAGAGAAAUUUUCUCAGAGGGCUGGGUUCCCUAAUGUGGUGGGUGCCAUUGAUGGUACCUAUGUACCAAUCAGUGGUCCCUCUGAACAUAGGGAUUCCUAUAUAUGUAGGAAAGGCUUUCCAGCUAUGCAGCUGCAAGGAGUUUGUGACUCCCAAUUAAAAUUUCUAGAUGUAUUUUGCGCAUAUCCUGGAUCAGUUCAUGAUGCCAGGGUAUACAGAAAUAGUCCACUUUUUGAAGUUGUGCAGAAUUUACAAGCCAAUUUUCAUCUGUUGGGAGACUCUGCAUACCCCAUGUCAACAAACUUGCUGACUCCUUACAGAGACAAUGGUCACCUUACCCUUGAGGAGAAACGAUUCAAUAAUUCUCACAGCUCCACAAGAGUGGACAUUGAGAGAACGUUUGGUCUUCUUAAGGGUAAGUUCAGGAAGCUGAAGUUUCUUGACAUGAGGAAUGUAGAGGAUAUCCCCAGCAUCAUAAUUACUUGCUGUGCGUUGCACAAUUUCAUUUUAAUGCAUGAAGGUCUGGAUGAAAGUGAAGUUGAUAUGGAAGAUACAAGUGUGAGUGUGCAGAGCGAGAAUGAUGUGCAAGAUAUAGUUUCAGGGGCAGAGAAACGAAGAGACAUUAUGGCCCUUCUAUUAUGAAUUUAUGCUUUAAAAAACUGUCAACAUGCCAUUUUGUGGUUCUUUAUAAGUGAGACAAGUGCUAUUAUCAGCAUUCUAUGUUAAUUUAUUAAUGGUAUGUACAUGGACUUUAAUGAGACAAUGGUCUGGCCUGGUGUCUGAAUUUUUUCUUAAAUUCUGAAAAUAUAAAAUAUGUAUAUAUAAGAAACAAUUCUCAUAGUUCAUUCAAUAAGAAAUUGAAAUUGUAUUUAAUGGAAGUAAUUUUGGCUAUAACAUAAAUGAAUAAAUGGUCUAUUAAGGAAUAUAUUUAUGCUUAAAAUGUGUUUGUUUAAGGAACAUUGACCAAUCUUAACUUAUAGACCUCACCCUGCAAAAAAAAAAAUGAUCAGUUCUGGUAUGGGGUCCAUCUGUAAACAUUUUGCAAAUACCCCUUUUUAGCUCACCUGAAAGUUCAAGUGAGCUUUUCUGAUCACCCGUAGUCUGGCAUCCCUCCGUCUGUAAACUUUUAACAUUUUUUACUUCUUCUCAAAACCACUGGGCCAAUUUCAACCAAGUUGGCACAAAGCAUUCUUAGGUAAAGGGAAUUCUAAAUUGUUAAAAUAAAGGGCCAGGUCACCUUCCAAGGGGAGAUAAUCAAGAAAAGGUAAAAAUAAAGUAGGAUCAUUAAAAAAUCUUCUCAAGAACCACUGGGCCAGAAAAGAUGAAAUUUAUAUACAAGCUUUAUUAGGUAGUGCAGAUUCUAAAUUGUUAAAAUCAUGGCCCCUGGGGGUUGGAUGGGGCCACAAUAGGGGAUCAAAAUUUUACAUACAAAUAUAUAGGAAAAAUCUUGAAAAAUCUUCUUCUCAAGAACCAUCGGGUCAAAGAAGUUCACAUUUACAUGGAAGCUUUCUGACAUAGUGUAGAUUCAAGUUUGCAAAAACCAUGGCCUCCAGGGGUAGGUUGGGGCCAUAAUAGGGACUACGGUUUUACAUGCAAAUAUAUAUGGAAAGUCUUCUGAUAUGGACCAAGUUGACUCAGGUGAGCGAUGUGGCCCAUGGGCCUAGUGUUUAUUAAGAACCACAGAACCAAUUUCAAUUACACUUGGCUCAAAGCAUUAUUGGAUGAAGUGCUUUCAAGAUUGUUAAUUUCAUGGAUCAGACCCCCUUGCAAAGGGAGGCAUAUAUUUAUAGGGUUGGAAGAUUUUGAAAUUUUCCUAAAGAAUCAUAGAUUACAUUAAUGAUCAAAUAAUGACCCUGGAGUCAGGAUGGGGUCAAUAUGUAGAAUAAUUUCUUUCACUAUCUUCACGGGAGAAGUAUUAGUGAACAAACUAUCAAAUUUAAUAUUAAAGCAUUAUUAUAUAGUAUUGAAGUUUGUACAAAUGUUAUUUAAUCAAAUUUGGCUGUAUGCCUAUGGUUCACAACAUCAAUCAGAUGCUCUGCAAACUAAGUGUAGUUAUUUACAUGUAGUUGAACUUAGUCAUUUUUUAAAGCAUUUCUUGAAUAGACGGUACCUAUUUUGUGUAAUCAAAUCCUCUUGCACCUCUAACUUGACAUUCCUCAAACUUUGUAUAGUUGUUAUAUAGACAUAUUGAAGAUGUGCAUGUGUCUUUUUGAAAAGUGAUUAGACAUUUUUUUAAAUUUACAUGUAGUUGAACUUGGUCAUUUUUAGGCAUUUCUUCAAUAGAGAGUACAUAUUUUGGGUGAUCUACUCCUUGUACACCUCUAACUUGACAUUCCUCAAACUUUGUACAGUUGUUGUGAACACAUUGAUUUAAAGAUGUACGAAUGUCUUCUUGAAAAUAAUCUGACAGUUUUCAAAAAAUUGUUUAGUUGAACUUUGUAUUUGUUUUAAGCAUUUCUGAAUACACGUAGACGGUACCUAUUUUUGUUAUCAACUCCUCUUACAGCAUUUAUUUGAUCUCCUUCAAACCUUGUACAACUGUUAUGGAAGCAUUGCAAAUGUGCAUGUUUCUUUUUGGAAGUGAUCAGGCAGGCAUUCUUUGAAAAAUUUACAUGUGCAUGAUGAAGUUGAACUUCGUCAUUUUUUUUAAGCAUGGUACAUGUACUAUGUGUAAGGAACUCGUCUUACAGCUUUUACUUAACAUUUUUCAGAACUGUACAUUAUAGAUGUUAUAAAAACAUUGAAGAUAUAUACAUGUGACAUUUUAAAAAUGCUUCUGGUGUUUUCUUGGAAAAAUUCUACAUUUAUUAAAUUUGUCAUUUUCCAGUAUGUUUUCUACUGCUGUUCCUAUGAUAGAUUACAUAUUUUACACCAACCUGGUCAUUUCUGUUCUUGAAUCAUUUUUUUUAGUUUUUUUUUUUAAUACUGGUAUGUUAAAGAUUACUUGCUAUGUCAUUGUUCUUGAAAUUAUAUUAAUUGAAUUGU